UUCCAAGUGUGUGACGUCGCAGAGGAAGCCAUUAGGCUGGGCCACAGACGGGAGACCGAAAGACGUGAAAUAUAGAUUUGUCUUUCGGUGUUUUCUGCCGAUCAGGGGAACUUAACCCCCUCGUUUUCCAUUUCGCCUUACAUUUAUUUAGAUAUCUCAUGUAACCCCGCGGAAGGAGAAUAUUUGGUUUACUGUCUCACCGAGCUGAAGAAAGGCUUCUUCCUUCGCCAUGGCGGCUGGCGGAGCAGCAGGCAGUAACAAAACAUAUUCCUUCAAGGUUGUUUUGUUAGGGGAAGGAUGCGUCGGCAAGACCUCGCUGGUGCUGCGGUAUUGUGAAAAUAAAUUUAACGACAAACACAUCACCACCCUUCAGGCCUCAUUCCUUACAAAGAAACUCAACAUCACAGGAAAGAGAGUUAAUCUGGCUAUUUGGGACACCGCUGGACAGGAGCGGUUUCAUGCUCUUGGGCCAAUCUAUUACAGAGACUCCAAUGGAGCCAUCCUGGUCUAUGACAUUACAGAUGAAGAUUCUUUCCAGAAGGUGAAAAACUGGGUGAAAGAAUUAAGGAAAAUGUUGGGGAAUGAAAUAUGUUUAUGUAUAGUAGGUAAUAAAAUAGAUCUGGAAAAAGAGAGACAUGUAUCAGUGGAAGAAGCUGAGAGCUAUGCAGAGUCAGUUGGGGCAAAACACUAUCACACAUCAGCAAAAUUGAACAAAGGAAUUGAAGAACUGUUCCUUGACCUGUGUAAAAGAAUGAUGGAGACAGCUCAGGUGGAGGAGAGAUUGAAGGGGAACGGGGCAAAUAACGCAAGCACAGGGCGCAGAGGUGUUCAGAUCAUUGAUGAUGAGCCCCAGGCUGCUACUGCUGCAGGAGGCUGCUGUUCAUCAGGCUAGGAACCCUCUCUCUCUUUCUCCCUUUCUCUCUCCCCCCUUUCUCUUUUUCUCGCUCUCUCACCUUCUCCUUUUCUCUCCAAAAAGACAGCCACUCGUCAUCCUUCUCUGGUUAUCUACUUGCUGAAGUCACACACUUCAGCGGGUGUGUUUCGCAGUGAUUCAUCCAUUUGAAAAGCUGGAAAGCUGCAAAAGCUGGUGGACCUUGUCAGUUGCUUCUGACCAUGGCAGUCUAAUGCCAAAUGCCAAAGGCCAUCAAAUGCCCUACACAUACUCUUUCUCUGACUCUUUAACAGCACACUGUCCUUACAAUCUGACUUUUCAGGCUUUUUUUUCUUUUGCAAGGAUGUUGUACAUGAUGGGUUGAUUUCUGUGAAAGCAUUGUUUUCUUUUAGUUAAAAGAUGAUUAUUUAAUAACUUAAACAUAUACACUGAAAUCUUAAGUCCUCUGUACUUGUGGUAAUUAGUGAGCUCUCUAUCUUUCUGUUUUCCUUCAAAACAAAACCCUCCCCACUAUUUCCCCAUUUGAUCCAUCACUAAUCAGAACUUUUAUUAAACUUGCUCUCUACUUGUCUUUUGGACUUGUAUGUACAAAAAAAAAGUACUAUACAUAUUGAAUAUUUUAUCUGCUUUUACAACUAUUUGGGAAAUCUUAUAUACAGCCACUUGCAAAAGUAUUCAGAUCCCAAUACAGUUUCCAAAGUUUGUUUCAGGUUAUACAUACACAUUUAUAUUAUUAUUUUUUCUUUCAUAAUCUCCAUGCAAAGCUCACAUGGUCAGACUUUAAGUAAAUGAACAGUAGUAAAAAUGAAAACUAGCACUUUUCUACAAAUUACAUGGAUGUGGUAUCUGUUUUUUUUUUUUAUCUAUAUAUAUAUUUGCCCCAGGUUGCCAAAGUGGACCUUGGUUUUCUUCAACGGUUAUUGAUUAUGAAUUAAGGCAGUUUUAGUUUCUUCUUGCAUUAAAAGAAGCAUCUGAAGCUACAAGUAUGUUUUGUGUCUUUCCUUAAAAUGUGGUACCCAGUGACCCUGGUAAAACGGUUACAACCACUAUUUCCUUGAAUACAAAAUGUUUUGGCCAAUCUGAAAAAUAACUGGCCAUGCUGAGUGUGUGUACACGCACACACACACGCACACGCACACGUAUAUAUAAAUAGUAUAAACCUGUAGCAAAUUUGACAGAGCGCUUGGGUCUGAGUACUUAUGCAAACAACAUUUGUCAGCAUGUCAUGAUGCAUAAAAUGGAGGGUAUUUCAUGAGGGUGUUUUUUGCUGUUCUUUUUUUUUUUAUAGAAGAAUGGGUAAGGGAUGUCUCUUUUGAACAGUCUUGAUUUUUGGCUAAAAAUAUCCAGCUAACUAGGAAAGCUGCUUUGUGAAAUACCCACCAUGUUUUUUUUCUUUUUUUUGCAUGAAAAUGUUGCAUUUGUUGAUUUAGUGUGUAUUAUUUGAAAUACAACAUUUCAAUGAUUUCUGGGGGUCUGAAUAUUUUUCUAAGCAGCUGUUUAGAAAAUUGUAUAAUAGUCAAAUGAUUGUAAAAUGAAGAAUACCAGUUAUGGGUGAAAACACACUUUUUUGGAACUGUAUUUUUUAUUAUUUAACUGCUUGUGUCAUUGUUUUGUAAUAGAACAAUUAUAACAAUUCA